CUGGGUUUCUCAUGGUUGGGGUUCUCAUGUUGUUAAAUGCUGUGAUGUGAUUGGUUCUUAAGGUCACGUGACUCAGUGAAAACGGGAAGCUCGGAAGUGAGCUGCUGAGCUGUGUGUGUUCUGAUGCGGCUGUUCUCUGGCAGUUUUAUUCAGUAAAGUACUGAGUUAUUACAACCACCGUCUUCAGUGUUUUACUCGGACCCCAAGAUAUUACAUUGGCGACGAGGAUGGCGCUAAUAGGACGAGUGGAAGAGUUCAAGGAGUCGCGGGAGGAUUUCGCUUCCUACCUGGAGAGAUUUGAACUAUGGCUACUGGCAAACGAAAUAAAAACAGAAAAACAGGUCAGUGUAUUCUUAGCGUGCAUUGGACCAGAAACUUAUGGACUGCUGAAGAACUUGGUAAUACCGCAGAAGCCUGCCGAAAUGACUUAUAAAGAGUUGACGGACACAUUGAAAUCACAUUAUCAGCCGAAGCCUUUGGUCAUAGCGGAGAGAUUCCGUUUUCAAAAACGUGAUCAAAAAGAAGGAGAGUCAGUGACGGAGUACAUAGUGGCAAUAAGACAAUUGUCGAAGGAUUGUGAAUAUGGGACUCACUUAGAUGACGCAUUGAGAGAUCGCCUUGUGAGUGGACUGUCUGCUGAAUCGAUUCAAAGAAAAUUACUGGCGGAAAGAGAGCUGACGUUUGCCCGUGCAUGUGAGAUAGCGUUGACAAUGGAGAUGGCGUCGAAGAAUUCUCUUGAAAUCUUGGGAAAAGUACAGGCUGCAGCUGUAAAUCAAGUUUUUAAAUCAUAUCCUGGAAGCAAAGGACAACGCCAGUUUAGACAUGGAAAUGAGAAUCCAAAACUGAAAAAUUAUCAGGAAGGGGACAGCGAACAGAGAUGUUACCGUUGUGGGGGAGGGGGACACUCACCUCAGGAAUGCCGGUUUAAAAAUGAGAAAUGUCAUGCGUGCUCCAAGACAGGGCAUAUUUCCAGAGCAUGUCGGAAUAGAAGACAGACUGCCAAGGCCCAGUACGUGGAAAGGGAGGAUCACAAUGUAGACAGUGAAGAUGACUCGUUAGGGGUUUUUACAGUUUACAUGGCAUCCAGUGGGGAUGGAGGCAUUAAAGUUAAUGUGAAAGUGUGUGAACAGGACAUUAGUAUGCAGUUGGAUACUGGUGCGGCAGUGUCUCUUGCAUCUGAAGUGUUGCACCAAAAUACUUUUCCACAUUUACCCAUUGAAAAGUCCAACAUCAGAUUAAAAGCGUACUCAGGAGAAAUAAUUCCUCUUCUUGGCUGUGUUCAGGCACCAGUACAGUACGGGGACCAGAAAGCUACAUUGCCUCUCAUCAUAGUGAAAGGAAAUAGGCCGGCUCUGUUUGGCCGAAAUUGGUUGGAGAAGCUGAAGCUGGACUGGAGGAAUAUUUUCACAGUCGAAAAAGAAAUGAAACACACUGACCCGGACUUACAAGCAGUACUGCAGCGCCACUCUGUGGUGUUUUCGGAGAAGGUCAGUGCCAUAGAGGAGUUCAGAGCAACAAUAAGAAUGCAGCCGGAUUCAUUGAAAGAGGCGGUGGAAAAAGAGCUGGAUAGGUUAGAAAAAGAGGGAAUAGUUUCCAAAGUGGAUCGUAGCAAAUUGGGGGCCCCGAUCGUAGUGGUACCGAAGGCCGAUAAAUCCAUCCGCAUCUGUGGGGAUUACAAGGUCACGAUAAAUAACCAGCUGGAAGUAGAGACUUAUCCCCUGCCCAAUACUGAGGAUUUAUUUGCGACUCUAGCAGGAGGAAAGUGUUUCUCAAAGUUAGAUCUUUCUCAUGCUUACCAGCAGUUGAGAUUGGACAAAGACUCUGAAGAGUAUUUAACCAUUAAUACUCACAGAGGACUGUACCGCUACCAUCGUCUCAGCUAUGGGGUUGCCAGCGCACUGUCAAUUUUUCAAUCAGUGAUGGACCAGAUUCUACAAGGACAAGAAGGUGUGACUUGUUUUCUAGAUGACAUCUUGAUCACAGCCGACACAAAAGCCUUGCACUUAAAAAGGCUGGAUGCAGUGCUGAGCGCUCUUGCACGCUAUGGUUUGAGAGCAAAGUUGGCCAAGUGCAGAUUUCUACAGUCAAGUGUAGAGUAUUUGGGGCAUCGGAUAGAUCAGGAAGGCCUGCACCCCACGCAGCACAAAGUGGAGGCUAUUGUAAAUGCCCCAAAGCCCACAAAUGUGUCUGAGUUGCGUGCUUAUUUGGGGCUGUUGAACUAUUAUGGCCGUUUUCUGAGAAACUUGUCUAGUGUGCUACAGCCAUUGCACACUCUGCUAAAAAAAGAGGAAAAAUGGAGCUGGACACCUGCAUGUGAGGAAGCCUUCAAGAAAGGUAAAGAAAUGUUGCUGAGCAGCACAGUUCUGGUACAUUAUGACACAGAGAAGCCAUUGAGAUUGGCAUGUGACGCAUACCCGUACGGGGUGGGGGCAGUCAUUUCUCAUGUGAUGGACAAUGGGGAUGAGAGACCAGUUGCGUUCGCCUCGCGUACUCUUACGGAGGCUGAGCAAAAGUAUGCGCAAAUAGAAAAAGAGGCGCUGGCAAUCAUUUAUGGAGUGAAGAAAUUUCACAAGUAUCUAUAUGGACGCAAAUUUACUCUCAUCACUGAUCACAAACCGUUGCUGGCUAUUUUGGGGCCAAAAUCAGCUGUGCCUACAUUGGCAGCUUUGCGCAUGCAGCGCUGGGCGUUGAUUCUCAUGGCUUACAGUUAUGAGCUAGAAUACAAAAAGUCAUCGGACCACCUUAAUGCUGACGCGAUGUCCAGACUUCCCAUGACCGGGUUGGACAACACAGCACAAGAAUCCAACAUUUUCUACUUCUCACACGUGGAAGAGUUGCCAGUAACAGCUCAGGACAUAAAAGUAGGCACCAGUAGAGAUCCGUUGCUGAGCAAGGUUUGGAGCUUCACCAUGAAUGGAUGGCCUAAUUACCUGAAUGAUGAAAGCCUGAAACCGUACUUUCUCAGGAGGCAUGAGCUGUCAGCCGAUCAAGGUUGUGUUUUGUGGGGUCUCAGAGUCAUUGUUCCUCAAAGGCACCGGCUGCAGAUUCUCAAAGAUCUGCACCAUGAACACCCCGGCAUCUGUAAGAUGAAGGCCCUAGCUCGCAGCUAUGUAUGGUGGCCAGGGUUGGAUGGCGAGAUUGAGAACUUGGUCCAAAACUGUGCUGUGUGUCAGGCCGUGCAGAAUGUACCUGCAGUGGCACCACUCCAUCCCUGGCGGUGGCCUGCCAGAGUGUGGCAGAGAAUCCAUCUGGACUUCGCGGAGAAGGAUAGACAGUACUACCUGGUGAUAGUGGACAGUCAUUCUAAAUGGUUGGAGGUUUUCCACAUGACCUCCACAACGUCAAGCCGAACCAUAGAGGUGUUGCGCAACCUAUUUGCUGCAUAUGGUCUUCCGGAAGAGGUCGUGUCGGAUAAUGGACCCCAGUUUGCCUCCGCAGAAUUCAAACAGUUCCUUGACAAAAAUGGGGUAAAACAAACUUUGGUACCACCAUACCACCCAUCAUCGAAUGGAGCAGCUGAGAGAUCGGUGCAAAUAUUGAAGCGGGCUCUUGUGAAGCAGGUUCUAGACGCCAGUGGACAGCCCAGCAUCUCGCUGCAGCACAGGCUGUCAAACUUUCUGCUCAUGUAUAGGGCUACACCGCACUCAGUCACAGGUCGCUCUCCAGCUGAGCUGUUUUUAAAGAGAGAGAUUCGCACCCGGUUCAGUCUUUUGAGACCAGAUCUGUCGAGCACUAUGGAGCAUCAGCAGGCAAAACAAAAGCUGUAUCAUGACAAAGAGAGACUGAAAUUGAGAGAGUUUCAGGAAAACGACCAAGUUCGAGUGAAAAAUUUCAGGGGAGGAGAAGAGAAAUGGACUGCCGCGACUGUCAUAAAUCGCUUAGGUCCUGUGACAUACCGUGUCUGGGAAGGAAACAGACAGCGGUCAGUUCAUGUGGACCACAUGUUGGGAAGAAAAGGAGACCUCAAGGAACGGGAGUCAUGUGCACUUGUUGAGGGCCGAGACUUUACUUCAGAGGCUUCACCAGAGCCUGACCCAGUAUCGGCCUGUGGAGUGAAACUGCCUGACUCCGACUCCUCAGAGAAGGGUGUCUGCCUGGGUCCAGCAUUGUCAGGCAAUGUGACGUCUACUCAGGGCAGCCAUAGCAGUACCGCUGCUGUAUCUUCCGGAGUGGAGCCAAGGGGAAAUCCAGAGAGACUCAGGAAUGCUCCCAAGAGACUGGACUUGUAAGAUGUAAAAAAAAAAAAAAA